CUUUGGGCGGAAGUGUCUGUCAUCGAGUGUAAGGAUUAGGACUUGCCCGUAGUGGUAUGUGGCCCAAUCAGAGAGACUGUCACUGCGGGCAGCUUGUCUUACCCGGAUGUCCGCGGAGCCGGCGUGAGCUCUUUGUGAGGGUUGUGCAGGGGAGAGAAGCGUGUGGGUGAUAAUCAUGGGCGGCAAGAACAAAAAGCAUAAGGCCAGCAGUGGCGCCGCAGGAGCUGGAGCGGUGCACCCCGCUGCUGUAGCCGCAGCCCGGGCCAAAGCGGUGGGUGCUGCUGCGGCCGAGUCCAGCGCCGCCGGGGAAGCUGCAGGCAAGAGACCCUCAGCUCCCCGCCCGAGUCCCGCCGUUAAAGACCCGCGCCUUAAACAAGGUCCAAAAACCUACAGCUUUGGCUCUGCAUCUGACACGAGCACUUCCGCAAAUGCAGAUAAAUCUAUUCUUAAGGUAGUGAUUAACAGUAACUUGGAAAAAAGAAUCAUUAGUGUAAUCAAUGAGCAUAAGAAACAAAAUGGUGAAAAGGGAAUGAUUUCUAGAAGACUUACAGCUAAAAAAUUACAGGAUGUAUACAUGGCUUUGCAAGGAUUUUCUUUUAAGACUGAAGAUAUUGAGGAAGCUAUGAAAAAUACUAUUUUGUAUGGUGGUGAUCUACAUUCUGCACUUGACUGGCUGUGCUUAAACCUUUCCGAUGAUGCAUUACCUGACGGUUUCAGUCAGCAAUUCGGUGAAGAACAACAGAAAAUAAGAGCAAAAUUUUAUCCUCCUUUACCUCGAUGUGAAACUCCUCAGGUGCCAAACAAUAAAAAGAAGGAAGAUGACUGUGAAAAAAAGGUAAACACAGGAAAACAGAAGGAUACAAGCAUGAAGCAAUGGAUCUUGCAGUAUGCAGAGCAACAGAGUGAUGAGGACAACAGUGAAUCGGUGAAAAGUUCAGAUGAAGAAAAAUUUGAUCCAAAUGAAAGAUAUUUACACUUGGCUGGGAAACUAGGGGAAGCAAAAGAACAAGCAAGUUCUUCCAAGCAAGACAAAAACAAGCAAGGACAGAAGGUGGCGCAAGAAAAAAUAAGACGCAUUCAGCAAGAAAUGGCAGUGCUGGAAGAACAUCCCGUAUUCAAUCCUGCAAUAAAAGUUGCAAACCAACCAAGUGAAAAGAAAAAGGUUCCUGUCCCUCCUGAAACAGAUGGUGCUUUGAAUUUGAAUGUGCUUGAAAAAUCUCAGGCUCCUCCCGAGCAACAAAAAAUGAAAAAGAGAGAACCUCAAGACAUAAGGAAUUUUGAUUAUACUGCUCGAAGCUGGACUGGGAAAUCUCCCAAACAGUUUUUGAUUGACUGGUGCAGAAAACAUUAUCCCAAAUGUCCAAAUCCUUCUUUUGAAAAAGUUCCAGCAGGAAGAUAUUGGAAAUGUAGGGUGAGAGUUACCAAGUCAGCUGAUGAUACAAUGGCAGCGUGUCCAACAAUCCUUACAGAGGAUAGCAUGCAGGCUCAACAUCUGGCUGCUACGUUAGCACUUUACCAAUUAACCAAAGGACAGUCAGUCCAUCAGUUACUUCCUCCUACAUACAGGGAAGUUUGGUUAGAAUGGAGUGACACUGAAAAGAAAAAGGAAGAAGAAAACAAGAUGGAAAGCAACAAGCCCCGCGACCAAUUCAUUGCUAAACUGUUAAACAAACUGAAACAGCAACAGCCCCAAGAACAGUUGGAAAGCAAACCCAAAAUAUUAGAAGAUGCAGAAGACUCUUGGGAAAACUUAGUUUCUGAAGAGGACUUUAGUGGGCUCUCUCUUGAGAGCCCAGUUGCAGAUGAUUUGGAACCUGCAAGAACCCUUUUUAAAAAGCUACAGAGUACACCUAGGUACCAGAGGCUUUUAAAGGAGAGAGAGCAGUUACCAGUGUUCAAAUAUCGACAUUCCAUUGUAGAAACUCUUAAAAAGCACCGAGUUGUGGUUGUUGCUGGUGAAACAGGCAGUGGCAAAAGUACGCAAGUUCCACAUUUUUUGUUAGAGGACUUGCUGCAAAGUGAACGAAAUUUGAAUAAAUGCAAUAUUGUUUGCACCCAACCCCGAAGGAUCUCAGCAGUGAGUUUGGCGACGAGAGUCUGCGAAGAGCUAGGCUGUCAAAGUGGACCUGGAGGAAGAAAUUCCUUAUGUGGCUAUCAAAUCCGUAUGGAAUCCCGAACAGGCGAGGCCACCAGAUUGCUUUACUGUACGACAGGAGUCCUUCUUCGGAAGCUGCAAGAAGAUGUUCUUCUUUCUAACGUGUCUCACGUUAUAGUAGAUGAGGUUCAUGAAAGGAGUGUUCAAUCAGAUUUCUUGCUAAUUAUCCUAAGAGAGAUCUUGCACAAGCGUGCAGACCUGCAUCUUAUUUUGAUGAGUGCCACCGUAGAUAGUGAGAAAUUCUCCAGCUAUUUCACUCACUGUCCCAUACUAAGAAUUUCAGGAAGAAGUUAUCAUGUAGAGGUUUUCCAUGUUGAAGACGUGAUAGAGGAAACUGGUUUUGUUCUGGAGAAGGAUUCUGAAUAUUGUCAGAAAUUUUUGGAAGAAGAGGAGGAAAUAACAAUAAAUGUUACUAACAAGGGAGGUGGGAUUACAAAAUACCAGGAACAUGUCCCCGUUCAGGCUUCAGCAAGUAUUGAUUUAGGCCCUUACUACCAAAAAUUUAGCAGUCGAACUCGCCAAGCCAUUUUCUAUAUGAAUCCCUACAAGAUAAACUUUGAUCUGAUCUUGGAAUUGCUUGCAUUUCUGGACAGAACUCCCCAGUUCAAAAAUGUAGAAGGAGCUGUCUUGAUUUUUCUACCAGGCCUUGCUCAUAUCCAGCAGUUGCAUGAUCUCAUUUCAACAGACAGAAGGUUUAAUCUAAGGGAGAGACACCAGUUAAUAGCACUGCAUUCUGUUUUGUCCAGUCAAGACCAAGCAGCUGCAUUUACAUUGUCCCCUCUUGGUAUUAGAAAGAUUGUUUUGGCUACAAAUAUUGCUGAGACGGGUAUUACUAUACCUGAUGUUGUUUUUGUAAUCGACACUGGGAGGACAAAAGAAAAUAGAUACCAUGAAAGCAGUCAGAUGAGCUCAUUGGAGGAGACUUUUGUUAGUAAAGCUAGUGCACUACAACGGCAAGGGAGAGCUGGACGUGUCAGGGAUGGAUUCUGUUUUCGAAUGUACACUAGAGAUCGAUUUGAAAGUUUUCUAGAAUACUCUGUCCCAGAAAUAUUGCGGGUGCCCUUGGAAGAACUGUGCCUUCACAUCAUGAAAUGUAAUCUUGGAUCUCCUGAAGACUUCCUCUCCAAGGCCUUAGACCCUCCCCAGCCUCAAGUAGUUGGUAAUGCCAUGAACCUUCUACGGAAGAUUGGGGCUUGUGAAUUAAUUGAGCCCAAGCUGACUCCUUUAGGCCAACAUCUUGCAGCAUUGCCAGUCAACGUAAAGAUUGGCAAAAUGCUUAUAUUCGGUGCUAUUUUUGGCUGCUUGGAACCAGUGGCUACUCUUGCUGCUGUGAUGACAGAAAAAUCUCCAUUUACUACACCAAUUGGAAGAAAAGAUGAAGCAGAUCUUGCAAAAUCUUCUCUGGCAUUGGCAAACUCAGAUCACUUGACAAUUUACAAGGCAUAUCUAGGAUGGAAGAAAGCCCGUCAUGAAGGAGGAUACCGUGCUGAAAUGACUUACUGCAGGAGAAAUUUCCUCAAUAGAACAUCACUAUUAACUCUAGAGGAUGUAAAAAAAGAGCUUAUCAGGGUGGUGCGGGCAGCAGGGUUUGCAGCACCCUCCUGUCACCAUGAAGGAACACACUCCCUUUCGCUGCAAGAAAUGGUCCUCCUGAAAUCUGUCCUGACUGCUGGGCUGUAUGACAAUGUGGGAAAGAUAAUGUACACCAAGUCUGUGGAUAUCACAGAGAAGUUGGCAUGCAUGGCAGAGACCGCUCAGGGUAAAGCACAAGUACACCCUUCUUCUGUGAACAGGGAUCUGCAAACCUAUGGGUGGUUGCUAUAUCAGGAAAAGAUAAGAUAUGCCAAGGUAUAUUUGAAAGAAACUACUUUGAUUUCCCCCUUUCCAAUUUUACUUUUUGGUGGAGACAUAGAAGUAUUGCAUCGUGAACGGCUUUUGUCUGUUGAUGGCUGGAUCCAUUUUCAGGCACCUGUCAAAAUUGCAGUGAUUUUCAAACAACUGAGAGCACUCAUCGAAUCUGUUUUAAAGCAAAAGCUUGAAAAUCCUAAAAUGUUGCUUGAAGAUGAUAAGAUUUUGAACAUCAUCAAAGAACUGAUAAAAACAGAAAACUCUACCUGACACAAGAAUUUGGCUACAAUUACAGAAUCACAAUAAUCGGAAGUAGAAAAUUAUGCCUAAAAUAAAGAACAUGCUACUUGUAAAAGAGUGUCAGACAAUACUAUCAUGGAACUGCUUGAACUUUGCAUAUAUUUUCUAAGUCAUUCUGUGAAGAAUAGGAAUGCAUUAUAAAAAUAAUAAUUUGUGUGCCCCUUGUUGGAAUGUUCUUAAAUUAUGGCAGCAAGUCAAAUGGUUUCAGUAUAAAAAUGAUGAGUUCAUACUUUCUGCUUGAUGCAUAAUUUGAUUAUAUUUUCAAGAGCAGUAUUUGAAUUUAUGGAAUGUUUUAGUUUAGGAAAACACAAUUGGGGAGCAGGAGACUUUUUCAUUUUGCUAAGCAUGUGUGUUACAUAGUUAUUCACUGGAUACAUCAUAGUAAUUUUAUGCAACACAUUUUAAGAAAUUGCUGUUCGUCAGUUAUUGCCCAUACACUGAGUUUGAAAGCAUACUACAGAUCAGCAUUUUUAGGAGCUAAUUGCUCUGGAGUUCCAUUAAUCCUUUGGAACCCCAUCCUCUUUUGCAUUGACAUUUUGUGCCUGAAUUGGGUAUGUACCAAACUUUGAAAGAAAAAUGUUAAAGGUCUUUUAAAAAUAAAUAUUUAGUAGUGCCCAUCAAGAAAAAAUUAUGUUCUUUAGAUGAAAAGAUGCAAUAAGGAAAAAUGGGAAAACCUUUACCUUUUUAUACGCCUAAAUCUAAGAGGAAUUUCUCAUAUAUCUUCCUCUUUCAAAGCAUAUAUUUGUCAUCUUCUAGUAAACACAAUGUGACUCACCUCCUUUUUUAAAGGUACUACGGAAGCUGCAAGAACUAUUGGAUCUUUAGAUACUAAUGGCGAAAACCAUAAUCCAGCCAAAUAAAAGAUUUGCUCAAAUUCAGCUGAAUUUUUUUAAUCAUUCUGGUUCAGACAGUAUAAUUGGAAAACAAAAUGUGAAUACAUACUAGUUCUCUGACCAAUAUUGAAACACAGGAAAAUUCCUGUUAAAAUGUAUCAAGAUAUGAUUAUGUAGCUAUAUCCUCACAACAAUCCUGUGAUGUAGAUUAGUUUAUACGAAUUCCUUGCCCUAAGGUCAAGUCAUUUUAAUAUUAUGGAUAUGCCAGAAUGUGAGCCAAGAUCUCUCUGAUCCAGAUAAAACACUCUGUACAUUGCAAUUUAUGUUCAUAUAUAAUUAACAGCUGCAUGAGCUCCUUGUACUGUUUUCACUGUUAAUGCUAGAGAGCAACUAUAAUUAUUUUGGAUAUAUUUGGCAAAUUGAGAUACCAGUUUCAUUUAUGAAAUUUAAUUUUUUUUGUUGCAAAUGUACAUACUGUAAGAAAAAGACCUUUGGAACACUGUUUUAGACAUGCUGUAAAAUGUGACAUGUUUCUCUUUCACCAACCUUCCAAUUGUUUCAUCUGAUUGCGCUAUUUGUGAUAAACACUGAAUUUAUAAAAUUGAGAUAGUCCUUGAAAUAAUAUCGGUCAUGAGAUUUUACAAGAAACAUAGUUUAUAUAUUUGAUUGGUAAGCAUUUGUAACCACAGCACUCAGUUUCAAUAUUUCUUCACAAUUAGGGUUUACAAUUAUGAACACUAAACCGCCCAGAGAGCUUCGACUAUGGGGUGAUAUAUAAAUGUAAUAAAUAAAUAAAUAUAAAUAAAUAAA